CAGGUCUUUGCUCCUUUUACUUUUAACAGUUUCAGACCUUCUCUGACGAAAAAAGUUAAAAACUUAACGGCACGUUUAUUUAUUUAUUUUAUCUCCGCGCGUGCCCUUGGUCGAACAGAGCAAGCGCGCGCAGGCCUAUACACACACACGCGCACAGACGGUUGGCGAACACUCCCGCUACGAGAGAGCUCCCUGCGCUGGAAGCUGCGAUUCACAGCAUCUGAAGCUAAAGAGAGCACAGACAGACGGACAGAGCCUCGCCAGCCAGACGAAGGGAUGGAGUUCCCUGUGGACGCGCUGGUGUCUGUAAGCCAUGAGGAGCUGGAGAGAUCUGCCCAUAGCUACAUGUCUGAGCUACUGUACAGUGACCCUGAGCAUGGCCAGUACUUCACACUGACCACUGGGAGGAAGAUUUGCAUCAGCCUGUCCAACGUGGGCUUCGUUCCUCUGUAUGGAGCAAAUCUCAAGCACAAAGUCCUGGCUCUGUUUGCCCCGGAGGACCAGUUCACAGCUGUGGCUUUGUUUUUGGAUGACCAGUGGUGUGCUGUGGAUGACAUCCUCAGAACAGCGGACCCUGCACGAGAAGGCCUCAUCGAGGUGAGGUCUGUGGCAGAGAGAAUUGUGCUGUACGUGCUGAAUCGCAUCGUUUACCGCACUAAUGAGAUGAGUGCUGGAGAGGUGCCCUUUCUGUGCCAUGGUGAAAACGACUACGCCAAAAUCCUCUGGAAGAGCGGGAAAGCUGUGGGCUUCUACUCGGUCAAACCCAGAGGCAGCCUGUGUAAUAACUUUGUGAGCCAGUGCUACCUCCUGCCUGUCAUGGACUCCAUAUUUGUGAGGAAGAGUCACCGUGGAAACGAGCACGGGCUGCAGAUGCUGGAGGACUACGUGGAUAGUUUCAAAGAUGAUGAGCUCGGUCUGAAGUACCCUCUAUCGCCAGCUAUGUCCAGAGUGUGCAGGCACUACCUAGACAGGUACCCGGCAGAUGUGGACCUGCUAUGGGAGGUGGAGGGUGUCGGUGGUCCCUACCAGAAGACCAGAGUGGCCAGCAAACUCAGCUCUCACGCACUCAGAGGUACACACCUCUCUGGUGGGCUCCUCUCGUGGGGAAAGGACGACGGCAAGAACGGACAGACGGUGGAGGACAAGGUGGAGAUGACAGAGGAAACUAGCCUCGAUAUCACGGAGGAAAUCAUUGUUGUCAACAGGCAUCUCAAAGUAGCUGAAGAGACGAACGAUACGCCGAUCUCGACACGCACUCGGAGCAGUGAGCAUAAGCGGAAGAAGCGAAUGAGAGAGGAAAAGGAGAUGAGUGCGGCGGAAGGCCAGCCGGAGAAAGUUUGCAGGGUAGAAGAGCAAGAAACUGAAGCUGUGGUCCAGGAGGCAGAAGAAGAGAAGAGUGGACAGGAGGUGGCAGAAUCUGCCCCAGAACCUGCUGAUGAAACGGAAGAGCAAGCAGGCCCUGAGGCUCCUACAGUGGAGCAGGAGCCUAAAGAACAGGUCAUGGAGGUGAAUGGGGAGCUGACUGAGGAGCCGGGGGCAGAGCAUAACAAAGAGGAGGUGCAGGGGAGCAUAGCAGCUGAGGCUGUCCUCCAAAAUGGCACAGUUGGAGAGGAAGAGGAGGAGAUGGAUGUGGAUGAAGCAGCUGAGAAACAGGAUCCCAUAGAUACUGUGGAUUCCCUUGAGGUAGCAGCUGUGGAAGAUCCGAAAGAAGUAGAUGAGGAGAAUCUGGAAGGAGAGGUGGAUACUGUACCUAUUGAGCGCCAAGAAGAAGAUUCUUCUGCGGCAGAGGAACAAGAAGUUUCUCCUGCAGCUGAAGAAGGGCUUGCUGAGGACAAACUGCCAGAAGAUGCACCUCAAGCUGCAGGAGCUGAGGAGAAAGAAGAAAAGGAGGUAGCUCUUUCAGCUGAGGUAGCUUGUGAAGCUGAGGAGAAACGAGAGGUACCUCCUAACGCUGAGGAGAAACGAGAGGUACCGCCUGAUGCUGAGGAGAAACAAGAGGUAGCUCCUGACAGUGAAGAGAAACGAGAGGUAGCUCCUGACACUGAGGAGAAACGAGAGGUAGCUCCUGACGCUGAGGAGAAACGAGAGGUAGCUCCUGACGCUGAGGAGAAACGAGAGGUAGCUCCUGACGCUGAGGAGAAACGAGAGGUAGCUCCUGACGCGGAGGAGAAACGAGAGGUAGCUCCUGAAGCGGAGGAGAAACGAGAGGUAGCUCCUGAAGCGGAGGAGAAACGAGAGGUAGCUCCUGACGCGGAGGAGAAACGAGAGGUAGCUCCUGACGCGGAGGAGAAACGAGAGGUAGCUCCUGACGCUGAGGAGAAACUGGCGGCACCUCCUGACGCUGAGGAGAAACUGGCGGCACCUCCUGACGCUGAGGAGAAACUGGCGGCACCUCUUGAAGCGGAGGAGAAACUGGCGGCACCUCCUGAAGGGGAGGAGAGACUGGCGGCAUCUCCUGAAGCGGAGGAGACAGUGGAGGCACCUCCUGAAGAGGAGAACAAACAUCAAAUAGCUCCUGUAGAUAAGGAAGUGAAUGAGCCCAAGCUUGCUCCGACUGAGGAAUCUUUAGAAGCCUCUUGUUUCUCCGCAUCUCCUGAAGCGGAGGAGAAAGUGGAGGCACCUCCUGAAGAGGAGAACAAACAUCAAAUAGCUCCUGUAGAUGAGGAAGUGAAUGAGCCCAAGCUUGCUCCGACUGAGGAAUCUUUAGAAGAGGCAACUGAUGCUCCUUCUGAGGGCCAACAGGGACAAGAGGAGCCAAUGGAGAUUGCUCCUGUUGAGCAGGAUGGAGCGCAGGAAGCCUCCACAGAGCCUCCUAAAGAGGAAGAGAGCCAGCCUGAGGCAGAGAAAGAAGACGAAAAUAUGGACAGAUUAGAACUAGAGGAGGAAGAGGAGGUGCAAAAGAAGGAACAAGGCUUAGAUGAGGAGAACACACUUGCCAUGGUGGAAGACGAGUGCAGGGGAGAGGGGGAGGAAAAAAGCUCAGAUGAAUCUCCAGAGUCUUCAGGUCCUGUUGUUCGCAUUCUUAGAGGAGGGAGAACCAAGGCAGUUCCUCCAACCCCCAAACGCUCCUCCAAAAGACUGACCAGGAAGGAGGACAAGGUAACCAUAGAGGAGGAAAAGAUGACAAUAGAUGAGGAAAAUGUGGCGGCGGAGGAGGAGAAGGUUACAACAGAGGAAGAAAAAGUGACAACAGAGGAGGAGGUGGAGCAUAGCUCAGAAGGGGAGGAGGCAAGGGAGGAGCCACCAGUGAUUGACAGGAGAGUUUUGAGGCAGAAGAUCAAAGCAAUCAGGUCCACGCCACAGCCCAAAUCUAAACGACGCAGCAAAAUAUGAACAUGCACACUUUCCUGUAUCUCUCUCUCUCUCUCUCUCUCUCUCUCUCUCUCUCUCUCUCUCUCUCUGCCCUUUUCAAUGCCAGAUGUAACAAGCCCUCAUCCACUUGACCUCUCCAUUUCCCUUUAGAUGACCUCCAGCGCAGUUCCAUUUAAGGCUAUAUGAGUAAUCUUUGUUCUGUCAAAGUCGUGAUUUGGAAAAAGUGAAAUUUUCAGUUGGCAAGAGCUGAAAUUUGAAUUGUAUUUUACCGCUGGUUGUUGGUCGCAAAUAAAUUUUAAAAGAGGAAAUUUAAUCUAAUAAUGCAAAGCACUCUGGUGCACAUGUCUCAAUUCUUACAAUUAAUAAAAAAAAUAAAGGUCAAACUGAAGGUCUAAAAAAAAACUUUUAGGAAUAUUUAAGGAAAUAUUUACAUUUAAAUUGCAGUUGCAAUGUUGGUCAGAAAAUUGCAAUUUUUCUUCAAAUCGUUCUGCCCUGGUUCCAUGAUCUUAUUAGCUGAAGUUCAGAAAGAAGACCCCAGAUCUUUGUAAAAAAAAUGCCUGAAGCUCAAAUUAGAAAUUUAGUAAAUAGAAAUAUAGAAAAUAAUCACAUUUAAUUCACAAUCGAAAUUGCAAUGUUGGUCUGGAAAUAGCAAUUUACCCCCCAGAUGCCCCCAGAUUCCAUGACCUCAUUAGCUGAAGUGAAGUUCAGAGGGAAGACCACAGCCCCCCCCCCCGGUCAACUCAUGCUUACAAGGUUUCUGACCAAUAUUGUGACUGAGAUUUAAGUUGAUUUAAGAUUUAAAUUAAAGUCCAGGCCUAAGCCCUGAACACUGCACUAGACUGCCAGUUAGUUGUGGUUGUGAAGGCACAUCACAUGAGUGCUUGGCUGCUUCUGUUUGGAUCUAACUACAUCUACAGGCAGGUCACAAGGUCCUUGAGGCUGAAUUUCCCCACUUAAAGCUUGAGUGUGUUAACAAUGUGUGCAUUUGUUAACAAUGAGUGUGUUUACAGACAAUAAUCUGAUAACUGAAGAAAAUCAGAUUUUGUCAGAAAUUGCAUUUAUGAGCCAUCGGAUUUCUGCUUUACAAGCAGCCGAUAAACUCCCAGAAGAAGACGUGACGUAAACAUAACAUAAAACUCAAACUUCAUGCUGCGGCUUUUUUAGACACGGCGCCACUUUUAUAUGAUAAUAUGAACAUACAUCAUCUAGAAGAGGAAGAAUAUUGAAAUCCUUCAUUUCGUCAAGCAUGAAUUUGGUUUGUGUCGCUCCAGAAACGUUUUGCGGCGAAGCUGCUGCUUAUUUCCGGUACCGCCGUCUGUUUUCACGCAUGCUCAGAUUCUGAAAUCUGAAAGAAAUCAGAGUAAGAGUUCACAUGCACUGAGAAAUCUGAUUACUGAGCUAAAAUCCAGCCUUUUUGUCAGAUUUCUGUAGACCUUACUCCGACCUAAAAAAUGACCAUUCGAAUAAUCAGAUAAAUACAGAUAUCAGAUUAUUGUGUGCGUGCAAACAAACUCAGUGUUGUGCAAAUUGCGAUUUUGAUUAAUCACAUAGUGAGUCAGAGUUGAUGAGGGUUUUUUCUCUCUCUCUCUCUGUCUCUCUCUCUGUCUCUCUCUGUCUGUCUCUCUCUCUCUCUCUCUCUCUCUCUCUCUCUCUCUCUCUCUCUCUCUCUCUCUCUCUCUCUCUCUCUCUCUCUCUCUCUCUCUCUCUCUCUCUCUCUCUCUCAGAGUUCAGGGUUUUAUAGUGCAGAGAGAGAGUUAAGGGGUUUUUGUACUGGGCUCUGGGUUUAUAGCGGUUCAUCUUCGCUUUACUGGUUCUAAGCGGUGUUGAUGAAUUAUCUCUUUUGUGAGCUCGUUUUAUUACCAAGAUUUUUCUGCGCCAACCCUAAUAGUCUGACAUUUCACCCAGUUUCACCCAGUUCGGUCACGUUUUUGCACAGCAGAUUUGUGAGCUCACAUAAACAGGACUGUCAUUGUGGAUAGUUCUUUUCAUCGGACAUUUUUCUAACUGGAAAGCACUUUGUUAAGGGUUUUCUUCAUAAGCGUGAUGCAUCAUUGCAGUAGGACAAUGUGUGGAGUCACAUAAUGAGGUCUUUUUGGAGGAAAAACUAUUCACAUUUUUCACGUUUUAUUCCACAGUUGGAUUUUUCCAUCGUUAUUUGAGUCUUACAUUUACACACAUCUUCAAUGGGAAUUCCACCAAUUUUCCAAAAUGUUUGCAGAAUUUGGAUGUAAAAGGUGAACAAAGUCAUUCAGAGGGUGAUGAUGAUGGUAGAGUACUGAUGAAUCUGGGGACUAUUUUGCCUCACAAUGAUUUUAUAAUGUACAUUCUGCCAUGAAUGGAUUUUAAAAAAACAAAAAAAGAUUUAGGCCAAAACUGCUGUAAAAAUCAGCAUAUUCCUAACUUUUUUUUGUGUGGUAACAUUCUGUAAGGGGGCUUUUACAGACAGAAAACUCUUCAGACUUCUGGUUCCUAUCACCACCACUGUAAAUUUUUCUUAUGUGUCUCUGGAACCACAUCAACCACCGCUCUGAUUGACUUUUAAUGACUUGUAUUUAAUGAUGCUUUUGAAGUUCCCCUUUAGGCAUCCUCCCAGGUUGUGUAGGUUGUUGUUCUGAACGGCUAUUAGAAAAAGUGCUGUGAAUUAAACUUGUAAAUGUGAAGGUUCCUGGAGACAAACAUAUACACUUAUAUAAGCGAUAUAAUAAUUCAUUCAUGGCUACUAGAAUGGAUUGUGUUCUAUAAUCUGUUCGUUAUUAAACGUUUUUAUCGGUUUAUUUCAGUACACGUUCAUAGUCUAGGGUGUCUUGUUUAUAACACAUGAUAUCUUUUAUACACACUGAGGAGAAUUAAAAGCGGCUGAAUCUGAAUUGGCUUCUUAUUUUCAGUAUAGAGGGAACAGCUGAGCCAUUUCAGAGGCGUCCAACUUGCUGACUGGUGAGCAGAAGAGAAAGUGUCGUUUUUUUUUUUUUUGGUAAUUUAGAAGAUUUUGCAGACUAUGGCUCAUAUUUGUAUGCAGUAUGUUGUACAUAAAGGGCCUUUAAGGGCUAAACGGUCACUCAUUAUGUCUAGUAACAAUAACCUCUUACAAAAAUUCCAACUUUUCCUUAGUUUUUCCACCACCAGUUCUGGAAUUACAUCUACUACUGUUUUUAGAUACUAUAUCAAAGAUUUUGUAUAAUAAGGAUACACUUUUUUUCUCUGUUCUGGUUUCUCUUAAAGGGAUGAUGCAGCAAAAUUUCAUUUGUUUAAUAGACCUGAAGUCCUGCAUUAUUCGGCACUGCAAAAAAAUGGUGUUGUUCCAGUAAAAUCGCCCUAAAUCUAGUCGAUAUAUCUAAUACUUCUCAAUUUGAGAUUGCUGUAAACGUAUUAUGAGUGUGUGUUUGUUUGUUUGCCUUAUUUCAGUUAUUAAUAUUAAAUAUAUGAACUAGAUUUAAGAUCUUACCUGACAAUAUUCCACUUUUUUUAGCCGGUUUUCUCUAAGGCUAGAAAAAUGAAUGGCGGUCUUGCUGAUAAGCUAUAAUAUUUCAACGUCAAUACAUACAGCUUUCCUGCCUGGAUCCCCUGAAUUAUAAUGACGUUAAAGAGCCUAAAUAUGGAUUUUGCUACGUUCAUGUUAGGAUUGGGUUGCAUCUAAAAUGACUGCACAAAAGUGUUGUGGUAAAGCGUUUAUGUCGCUUUGUGCCGCCUCGUUCCGCCUUAUCUCAAAAUUGAAAUUAAACCUAAACCUUUAGUUUGCUUACGUGUUCACCAAAUAAGUAAAAGCAGUUCAUCAUUUUCAAGCAAUCACUCAAAGUUUCACACCAUUUGCCUUAACAGUUGACAAGUGUACUGGAAAGAGAGGCCAACUAGGAGAGCAUUAGCUUAGCUAGCAUGAUAACAGCUCUGCUCACCACAGAACAUGUUCGAUUCUGACUAAAAAAAAAGAAAAAGCAGAACCCGAGUUUAGACGAUAGUUCGAAUCUGAGGGAGUAAAUUCAAGCAGCUGGUGUUGUGAAAGGACAGAAAGGCAAAAUUGAACCUUUUCUGUGGUUUAGAUGAUGUUCUGCUAGCAUAGCAGGCAAGCUACAGACCCAAACAGUGCCACACUGAUUCCGACUGACUGCUGCUCUGCUGACACACGUAGAUGAUGAUGAUGACUAAAGUCUGAGAGAGAAAAAUCGAGUGACCUGCUGUUUGAAUGAGAGAAAUCUGAAAUGAAACCUGCUGUUUGGGAUGGUAGCACUUUGGCUAUGCUAACGAUGCGAGCUAGUUAGCAUACAUGUGCUACACAACACAGCACAAGUUUGUUUCUAAAGCUAAAAUGACGCCCCUUUAUAGGAUAUCUGAGACCGCAGAGUCGAGUUACUAGUGUUAAAAUAAAUUCUGAACAUGUUCUAUGGUGAGCGUAGCUCUUAGCCUUCACUAAGGUGUUAAGAUUUUCAGAUUUUUUUUGGCUCUAAUUUUUCCUCUUCUUCUGUCAGUGUGUGAAGGAAAAAUUGAUGGAAUGUAUUUAUUUGGCCAUUGACCUAGAAAAUUAAGUAAUAAUUUAAGUAAUAAUUUUGAAAUACCCGACUCUAAUCUGUGCUACUAGCAAGCUAACACUUCAGUGGUAUUGAAUAUAAACUGUAGCAUGAAAUUGUUAAAGGAACAGCCACAUUCGACAGUUUAUGGGGUAUUUAGGUGAGGUCUUUUGAGUAGGGCUUGGCAAAAUGACUAUAUAUAUAUAUAUAUAUAUAUAUAUAUUGUUAUUGUGAUGUUAUGUCACAAUUCAAUACAGUAUGCUUUUCUGAACAUAUCGAGGAUAGCAGUGCUUGUACAUCACUGACCAACUGCAUGUUUCAUUAUAAAGAAAGCGAAAUUGGUCCUGUUUAACUGGAUUAAAUGGCAAAUAUUGAAUUAAAAAUCAGUUUUUGAUAGUAUUUUUUAAAAUGUAGAACUGCUGGUUCUUUUGUUUUUGGCUGUUCCAACUGAUCAGAGGUCAAAAUUAUUGUGAUGAUGUGAAAAAUUUCAUAUUUUUGCCAUAUCGCCCAUCUUCAGAGUCAGUUCAGUGCACAGCAGUGUUAGCAAUAUUCAUAUUUUUGACUUGUUAACCACCUCAUUAAUCAGAGGAUCCAGUCACAUUCAGAGGAAAAAUGUACAUAUAAAUAUACAUAUACAAAUAUACAAAAUUUACAUAUAAAUAUAACACUUUUGUUCACCACAGAGUGCAAUAGUUAUCGAGAACUCCACUCAUUUUUCCCAUAGAGAAAACUAAAUUAGUCUCAGAGGUCCUUAUAUUGGCGUGAUGCUGACUACAUUGGCAUCUUAAGGUUUGUAGACUUUCUUUUGUGGCUCCUAAUGGUAUAAAAUUGAAGACUGCACAGCUAAAAACAGUAGAAGCCAUGUUGUAGGCUGUGUUAUGUCCACUUAUAUAGUGGUGGAAACUGCACAAGCAAAAAUACAGGUUAUAAGGGGAACUGGCAAUGUUGUUUGAAAUGGUUCACCGUAGAGAAGCUUACCAACUCUGAUUUCUUUACAGUGGUGGUGAUGGGAACCAGGGAUCGCCAAAUCUACAACACAAAUAUAGCCAUUUUAUUUGCUAUCCAAAACCAUGUGUAUGUGAUGUUGAUGACAUGGUAAAAUAGUGAUAAAUCUGAAAAAAGUAAGUUUUGUUUGGAUCACGGCCUGCAUGCCCCCCUCCACCAUUAAUGGCUUUGACAUACAUUGUAUGAUUAAAACUUUAUCUCAAAACUAAAUGUCUCCAGCUUCAGGCCAGGUCUUUGUAACCGUUCAAUGUAACACCUUCCUGUGAGGGAGCUAUUAGUGUUGGAUGUCUGGUUCCUAUCACCACCACCACUGUGAACAGUUCUCACUAACUUUCUCUAGAAUAGAGCAUUUCACACCAAACCACUCUGAAUAACUUCACAACUUAUGAUUCAGCAUAAUGCUAAUUGGUGGGGUAUAAGCUUCCAUUACUUGUUAGCUGCAUUAUCUUCAGAGCUUCCGUGCAACACAGAAGAGGCACCUGAUGUGUCUUUCGCUCAGCUAUACCUUUAACUUUCCCUGAACAGCUGCAUUGCACUUCUUUGGAGUCACCACAAGGGGGAGCUCUGAGAUAGCUAGUGGCUUUUCCCUGACCAGGAAUAAUGCUGUAUAAUCUUUUCCCAGUGGCUGCACAGCACCUGUCAGGGCCUUUAGGGUAAGCCGAACCUUUCUUCACCCCUCUAAAUGUGGUAUCUCCUAAUUUUAGUGCCACCAGAGACGUUCUCCAUCCAUGAAAGCUCCAGCUGAAACCCAUUUCUGGGGAUUUUGUAUUCACUUGUAUGGUUUACACUCGAUUUGUAUGCUGGUUAACAUCUCAAGCAAGUAUCCCACUUUACCUCCGUCUACUCUUGUGUGAAUUUCAGCUGCUCUAUUUAUUCCAUCACUGUAGCUGUUUCAGUAACUUUUUACUGGUUUAUUAUUUUUUUCAAGCUGUGACUGUAUUUUUUUUUUUCUUUACCCAAUAAAUAUUUUCUUGUU